UCUGGAAAUAUGCAUGAUUCACCAGAUGAUACUUCUGAAGGGAGAGGCUCCUCAAUCCCCGUAGAUUUUCACACUGUCGAGCAUACAGGCCUAGAGGACGAAUAUAAUGGUCCGAUAGAUUUUGAAGUUGCCCACACCGACCUUCCUUCCUCAGCCAAUGACGCUGGUGUCGCAGAUGGAUCAAUGCGUAAUGACGACGCUGAUCAUGAUACCUUUGUUGAUGCAGCUGCGGAGGAGGCCAGGGCUUCACCUGUGAAGAGAUCAACCGGCGGCUUUGCCGAUGAAGAUGAUCUCUUCGACAUCGACGAAGGCUUUAUCGAGCCUCCGUCUAAAAAAGCCAAAUCUGAUGCUGCCUCGCCGGUCGUAGUGGCUUCCGAAGCUUCGGCUCCUAAGGCUGCCCCUAUGGCUCAAGCAUCGACAGCUUCUUCCCUUUCCAAAGGGAAAGACGUCUCUCCAACUGCUGCCACCGCGACUCCUCCUUCUGACUUGCGAGGCGUUAUUUCCUCUUUCGAGGCCUUCGCCUCCCAAUUCACUUCUCUGGAAGCUGACAAGGCUCGGCUACAAGAGGAAGUCAAAUCUUCCUCCUUGAAAUUGGAUGGCGCAGUCAAGAUAGCUGCUGAGGCUCACCAAGAGGUCGACUCUCUGAAGGUGGAACUGGGCAAGCUGAAAGAGAAGUUGAAGGAGGAGGAAGCAUCCAGGCUGGUGGCUGAAGCUCGGGCAGCCGAAAAGGAUGAAGUCCUUCGUCAGUCUUCUUUGACCUUACUUGAAGCGGCGAAUAUCCCUGCUGAUGCCCUGGACAGAGUUCCAAACAACUCUCCAGCAAAUGCUAUGUCGAUGAUUCUUGCCUCUCACCAGCUUACGCGGGAGCUUCUUGUAAAGGGGAAGGGUGCCCUGGCGCGGAUGCACUCGAUGAUUUUCCCCAAGAUCAAGCAGGAGAAGACCCUGGGGCAACUGGUCGAUGCCUUCGCGGUUGACACCAAGGAGGUUAUCGAGGUAUUCAAGCGUACAUCGCGCACUUAUGGUGCUGUCCUUGCCUUCCAGCUUAUGAUGGGUUACAGCUUUAAGGGUGACAUCGAAGAGAUGACCAAGGAGCUGCCGAAAGAGCAAGACGGGCAGCUUGUUGAUUUAAGCGCCUUUAAAGCGUCUGCCCUUACUUGUGCCCGCCAGCUCCUUGAACUGGUUUCAUCAAGGAAAUCGUCGGCUGGACCCAGUUUAUCGACUCAGACCCAAGCCCAUUGAUUCUUGUAGCAAACUUAUGCUUGAGCUGAUGUGAAACAUUGUU